CUUGAUCAUUUCCCUUUCCUUUCCUUUCCUCCAUCCAUUUUCGGCCUUCCCAGAUUCCUAUUGCCAGACAUGCAGGGCUUGGCAGUUGCAAAGAAUGUAAUGGAUGUAUGUAGUGACUUUAGUGGGAUAUCUGUUGAUUCAAUUUGGCAGUCUCUUGAUCUAUCCCUUUUGUGACUGUGAAGGUUAGAUUUUUGUAAUACCAGGAGUUCUUCGGUUUUGAUCAUGAGAUGACUAAGUCAUGGCGGCAAAUCUUUAUUAUCCUGUUGUUCAGAAUUGAUUGGAGAGUAUUGUUGCUCUUUAGCUCCUUGCUUACCAUAGUCACUGUUAUGGUUCAAAUUCCUAGACUUCCUUAUCCAUUGAGUGAAUUGAUUUUUGUUCCUCCAAUAGUUGAAAGUGCAAUAUACAACAACACUAGUCGUGCUACAAGCAGGAAUUCUCAUUUUGCAUCUCACAACCAGUUGGCAGUUGCUCAGAUAGUCCCCGUAAAUCUUUCUGCUUCUGCCAAACAGAAUCAAUCAGUACCAGAGGUAGGUGAAAUAAAACAGUUGUCUUCCAGAAGCAGGAAAAAGAAUAGAACUACUACCCAUCGGCGAAGAGGAAGAAGACACAGGAAGAAUGUUGAGCCAUUUGAUGAAAUAACUACUCCACCUUCACCUCCUUCUUAUGCAAAUAUGUCCAAAGAAGUUCUGAGACAAAUUUGGUCAUUGACACCACAUGAGGGCCUUGUACAUGCUAGAAAAGAAAUUGAGAAUGCCCCUCUGGUUCAGGAUGAUCCAGAUUUAUAUGCCCCUUUAUUCCACAAUGUGUCUAGCUUCAAGAGGAGCUAUGAGAUGAUGGAACUCAUACUUAAGGUAUACAUUUACAAGGAAGGAAAAAGACCAAUUUUCCAUCAGCCUCAUUUGCAAGGAAUAUAUUCAUCUGAAGGAUGGUUUAUGAAGUUGAUGGAGGAAAAUCGAGAGUUCGUCACCAUGGACCCAGAAAAGGCACACUUAUUCUAUCUGCCAUAUAGUGUACGCCAGUUGCAGUGGGCUCUUUAUGUGCCUAAUUCACAUAAUAUUAGACCCUUGUCAAUUUUUCUGCGCAACCAUGUUAACAUGCUUGCUGCAAAAUACCCUUUCUGGAAUCGGUCUCAUGGAUCAGAUCAUUUUCUAGUUGCUUGCCAUGAUUGGGGUCCUUAUACUUUGAAUGCUCACAAGGAGCUUAGAAGAAACACCAUAAAGGCUCUCUGUAAUGCAGACGUCUCUGAAAAAAUCUUCAUUGAAGGAAAGGAUGUGUCCCUUCCGGAGACCACCAUAAAGAAUCCCACUAGGCCUCUUAGAAACCUUGGUGGGAAAAGAGUUUCACAGCGCCCAAUUCUGGCUUUCUUCGCCGGAAACAUGCACGGCAGGGUCCGUCCGAAACUGCUCAAGUACUGGGGCGACAAAGAUGGUGAUUUGAGGAUCUAUGGUCCUUUGCCUAAAAGAGUUUCUCAAAAAAUGUCCUAUCCUGAUCACAUGAAAUCAAGCAAAUACUGCAUUUGCCCUAUGGGUUAUGAAGUAAACAGUCCACGAAUUGUGGAGGCAAUAUACUACGAAUGUGUACCAGUGAUCAUAGCUGAUAAUUUUGCCCUCCCAUUUAGCGAAGUGCUUAAUUGGAGUGCAUUCUCAGUUAUUGUUGCUGAGAAGGACAUCCCCAGAUUGAAGAAGAUACUGUUGGAGAUACCUUUGAAACGAUACCUCGUCAUGCAAACCAACGUAAAGAUGUUGCAAAAGCAUUUUCAUUGGCAUUUUAGACCUAUAAGAUACGAUUUAUUCCACAUGAUACUGCAUUCUAUAUGGUUAAGCAGGUUGAACCAGGUUCAGGUGCACGAGUCAGCACAAUAGAUGUAUAGGUUUUCUUUUCCUUCUUCUCACACCCAUUUUUUAUGCCUCUGUCAUAAAAUAUCAUUUGAGGUAUAGUUGGUUUUUACCUAAAUUUGUAGAGUCUGUGCAAAGAGAUGAUGGUAUACGUGUAGAUAACAAUUUUGAGGGCACAUUUAUUGGCAUUGUAAAAGAUUACCCGUUGAAUUGCUGCAGGCAUGCUUGUCUUCGUGUAGCAACUGCAUUCAAUUACUUCUAGGGAAAGUAGGGCUAUCAAUAGGGCUUGUUUAGCCCGAAAAAAACCUUAUGUUUAACAUAAUAGUUCAAUUUUGCA